ACCAAAAUGAAACUAUUCACAUUUUUAACAAUUGCGAUUGCCUUUGCUUCGGCAAAAUCGGGUACUAAAAUUGGCCUCCGCACCUUUCACCGCCCGAACCCUCGUAUAAUUAACGGUGAUGACGCCGCCAAAGGCCAAUUCCCUUACCAAAUCUCCUACCAAUGGGGAAUCCUUGGCCUCCACGAACACGUCUGUGGAGGCUCCAUCCUCUCACCCACAUUCAUCCUCACUGCUGGUCAUUGCGUCACUGAAGUACCAUCACAAGGAGAACAUCGAAUAGUAGCUGGAAUAACAGAACUAAAUGAGCAAAACAACGAAAGACAGGAAAUCCAAGUCGUGGAGAAGAUCGUCCAUCCUGACUUCAAUGGAGGAGUAGGACCCAAUGACAUUGCUUUACUCAAAUUAGCAACACCACUAGAGUUCGGAGAUUUGGUACAACCAGUUGUGUUGCCUGAAGCAGGCUCUGAACCUACAGGAGACUCAGUUUUGACAGGUUGGGGGUCCACCUCUACUACUAUUAUACCGAGUUUGCCCAACCAUUUACAAACUGCUACAGUUCCGAUCUUGUCUUAUGACGAUUGCAAAAAAGCAGUAGAUGCUCUUCUUGACGAAAAUCAGGAAGAUCCCCUAUCUGAAGUUUCAAAUGUUUGCACUGCGCCAUUAUCUAAGGGUGAAAGUGCCUGUUUGGGUGACAGUGGAGGCCCAUUGGCCCAGAAUGGUACCAUCGUGGGUAUUGUCUCCUGGGGAUUCGUACCAUGUAGCUAUCCCGAGGCACCGUCAGUUUACACCAAAGUUAGCAAUUUUGUUGAUUUCAUCAAAGAACAUGUUCACGAUUUGUAA